AUGGGUAAUCCGAAAACGGAAAACGAUUCCGAAACUGCCGAUGGGCCGACAUCAGAAGAAGUAGAGCAGAAACCGACUUCGUCCACACCGUAUGUUCAUUUUGACUUGAAAACUUGAAGGACUUACCUUUUUGUACUCCUAGAGAGAGUAGAAAUAUACCACUUCCAGACAUACCUUGUAUGUAGAUCCAUCUUUUCAGGCGCGACAAAACCGAAAAAGAAGAGACAGAGCCGGAGGCUGAGCUGUGGGCAACUCGCGCGGAUUUCGAAGUGGUUCAUUUAUUUUUUUUCAGGGAUUCCGCUCAGUGUGAAGCUCCUGCGGUGAAGCAACCAAACGUGGCUGAUGACACCUCGACCACGCCAACUCCGCGUGCUCAGUGAGUUAAUAUAUGCAUAGAACAAUCAUUGAUUUCAUGUUUUCAGAGCUCACGAGACGGAAGACCUUGCUGUGGUUGAGAAGAAGAUGCAAGAGCUGCUCAUUCCUGCUCCGUGAGUUCACUUUGUAUGGUAGAUAAGAAAAAUGUUCCGACGUUUUUAGAGAAAAUGAGCAAAUGGGAGUUGGUGGAGAGUCCGGAUUGGCUUUAACCAGCGGCGGUGUGGAGUUCGCUGAUCCGUGAGCAACUCGCUUUUGGAAGACAUUGAUUUAUUUGUUUCAGUGACUUUGCUCAAUUUGAAGUCAAUUCAUCCGUGGAGCAGUCGAACGUGACUUCUGAGGGAUCGUCGACCACGUCAUCUCUGUCUGCUCCGUGAGUUCAUAUUUGUUGCAUAAAGCAACCACUGACUUCACGGUUUCAGAGGUCACGAGAUGGAAACCCUUGCAAACGGUUAUCUUCGAGGAGUCGGGAAAGUAUUGUAAGGAACUCAUAUUCAACAAGUACAACAUUUUGGCAAACACUUUUCAGUUCGGAUAGUUCCGCAAGCGAACACGACGAAAUAUCUUCGUCGCAAAGCUCGUACGUAAGCUCCAUUACUUUUCCACGAUACAGACGGCGUGGAACGGCUGAUCAAUUCGACCCAAACUCAUUCUCACGUGGACGUUCUCGCGAAGAUCAUGGAGGGCAGACGGACCGAAAUCGAGGCGGUGUAAGUGGCGGCCGUGGAGGCCGUGGAGUCCGUGGCGGCCGUGGAGUCCGUGGCGGCCGUGGAGUCCGUGGCGGCCGUGGACAGAUUUACCCGGUUUGGUUUGUACGAGAAAAGCUUCAUAUCAAUUCUGUUCAGAACGGUCGCGAAUUCGAUGGACGCUUCCAAGCUGGCGGUAGAAGCGAAUUCGAUUCGAUUGACCGAAAUGGAAGACAGUUUUUUGGAAGCGGAAGAGGAAGCCACGAUGACGGUCAGCCGGAGCGCUACCGUGGCGGAGUCCUUGGCGGCCGUGGACGGAUUUACCCGGUUUGGUUUGUACGAGAAAAGCUUCAUAUCAAUUCUGUUCAGAACGGUCGCCAAUUCGAUGGACGCUUCCAAGCUGACGGUAGAAGCGAAUUCGAUCCGAUUGACCGCAAUGGAAGACAGUUUUAUGGAAGCGGAAGAGGAAACCACGAUGACGGACAGCCGGAGCGCAACUAUGGCGGAGUCCGUGGCGGCCGUGGACGAGAUUAUCCGGUUUGAUUUGUACGAGAAAAGCUUCAAAACAAAUGUGUUCAGAACGGUCGCCAAUUCGAUGGACGCUUCCAAGCUGGCGGUAGAAGCGAAUUCGACCCGAUUGACCGCAAUGGAAGACAGUUUUUUGGAAGUGAAAGAGGAAACCACGAUGACGGACAGCCGGAGCGCAACCGUGGCGGAUUCCGUGGCGGAGUCCGUGGUGGUCGUGGACGGGAUUAUCCGGUUUGAUUUGUACGAGAAAAGCUUCAUAACAAUUCUGUUCAGAACGGUCGCCAAUUCGAUGGACGCUUCCAAGCCGGCGGUCGAAGCGAAUUUGAUCCGCUUGACCGUCAUGGAGGACAGUUUGAUGGAAGUGGAAGAGGAAGCCACGAUGACGGUCAGCCGGAGCGCAAUCGUGGCGGAGUCCGUGGUGGUCGUGGACGGGAUUAUCCGGUUUGAUUUGUACGAGAAAAGCUUCAAAACAAAUGUGUUCAGAACGGUCGCCAAUUCGAUGGACGCUUCCAAGCUGGCGAUAGAAGCGAAUUCGAUCCGACUGACCGCAAUGGAAGACAGUUUUUUGGAAGCGGAAGAGGAAGCGGAAGAGGAAGCCACGAUGACGGUCAGCCGGAGCGCAAUCGUGGCGGAGUCCGUGGCGGCCGUGGACGAGAUUAUCCGGUUUGGUUUGUACGAGAAAAGCUUCAUAUCAAUUCUGUUCAGAACGGUCGCCAAUUCGAUGGACGCUUCCAAGCUGGCGGUAGAAGCGAAUUCGAUCCGAUUGACCGUCAUGGAGGACAGUUUGAUGGAAGUGGAAGAGGAAGCCACGAUGACGGACAGCCGGAGCGCAACCGUGGCGGAGUCCUUGGCGGAGUCCGUGGCGGCCGUGGACGAGAUUAUCCGGUUUGGUUUGUACGAGAAAAGAUUCAAAACAAAUGUGUUCAGAACGGUCGCCAAUUCGAUAGACGCUUCCAAGCCGGCGGUAGAAGCGAAUUCGAUCCGGUUGACCGCAAUGGAGGACAGUUUUUUGGAAGUCGAAGAGGAAACCAUGAUGACGGACAGCCGGAGCGCAACUAUGGCGGAGUCCGUGGCGGUCGUGGACGAAGUGAAUUUCAUCCGAACGCGCGUCCCGGACAGAUCGACCAGUUUGGCAGGGAGGGAAGAUACAAUCAGACUGAUUGCAACCGAGACGGCAGUCGCAGUAGAAGAGCACGCGGAAACUACCAAGGCAACAAUUCUCGUUUCUGAGGCUGCCAGGGAAACAAUCGUAAUCUACAGAUACUGUCGAAGUGAAACGCCCCGAUCUAUUUUUUCAUACUGCUCUUUACUUUUUUUUCUCUCUCUUGAUCUUCAAAACCACUAGUGAGGCAUUUCAAAGUGAAUUAGCGCUAUUGCUGUCUUCAAAAACAGAGCGAAUUUUGAAAUAACCUGAUGGUAUCUUACCAAAAAUUCUUCAUUUGAUUCUCACUUUUACUGUUGUUACCCUUCAAAAUUGCUUUUAUGUAAAACUAAAAACAAUAAAUACAGAACACGCAAGAAUAGCUGUAAUGAGUUCUAUUUUAACGGAUGUGGCAUUGAAGAAAGAUUUCUCAAGACGCCUUCACUCCAUUCGUUUUCUCCCUCCAAUCCAUUUUUUUCAGAAUUUUUGUCAUUUUGCAGCACUCGGCAUGACGUGUUCUUCUGUGUUUGAUUGCUCUAUUGGCUAUCCCAUGGUUGCUCAUGACUACACACUGUGAGUAGACAUUUUACUGCACUUAAAAGUGCAUGAAUAGCACUAAUAAUACUCAUUUGACCUUUCCGUAUCAACUAAAAAAAUUAUCAAAAAAUCAAACAAUUUGAUCACACGUCGUCUCAAUGGCGCUUCGAAUUUCAAGCUCAGUGUUUCCGGUUCCUGUUUGAACAAACAUCAACACUAAUUGAAAACUGUUUUCAAAUUCGAAUUCGUUUCUUUCAAAACAUGCAACGUUACGAAGAAUGUCUCACUAUUUCUCAAUCUCUCCAAAUGUUUGCGGCUCCAGUGAUAUCACUUUGACGACGACUUCUCAUCCUUCCGUUUGAGUCAGUCAGCAAACUUAAACAGCACCAAAACUGAUUGGAAUAAACAUUUUAGAGAAGAUUAUAUCAUUAGUUGUGUCAUGUCAAAAAAACUGAAUUUUGAUAAACUUUCUCGGAAAUUUUGUUUUCCUGUUUUGUUUCAAAAACAGAAUCAAAAAAUAUAUUUCUCCGAUCAUUCCGUGUUCCAAAAUGAGUUUCCCUUCAUUUGCAUACCACGAAUCACUUUUGAAAUCUUUCCCGAUCGGCUGUCAGCGAUUAUCGUUUUUCGCGCCGCGAGCUAUUUCCUGCAAGUAUGUCUGAUGCGAGUCGGACCAUUCAUAUAUUUCCCCAAAGAUCUUUAUUAGCUCUGACUGAUACCCGAAAAUGCGGAUAUUGUUUUUGUUUCGUUUGUGUUCAAAUCAAUUUCAUUCAAAAAUCCGUGCCGAAAUCUGAAAUGUCGCUGAUUAUCUCUAAACAUUGUGUGCCUUUUGACUUUGUCUCGUCAAAAACUGUCAUGGAUCACCAGUCGUGUCAACUGCUCUCGAACACAUCGAUCGGCGUGGUCUUAUCGGAACGGUCCAAUAAAAAACCGUCGCAAGGGGAGAAUUUAUGAGCGUUUUGUUUCUCGUUCUUUCCUUUCUUCCCGUUCUGCCGGUCUUGUUCUGCUCUCGACAACAGCCGACAUUCGGCUGUAUCGAUCGAUCGUUCCAUGGGAAUCCACGCGUAUUGCUUUCUGCCGCGUCAUCAUUCCCAUCAAUUAUUCUAGAUGUUCAUAGUUUUCCUAUUCCCUUUCUUUUACCACUGUCUAAUUGUUGAAAUUUCGAAAGUUUGCAAGAGGACUGCAAUGUGGUCAGUUUCUCGCAUAAUCACAAAAAUUGCAGUUUUUCGUUGAAAAAAAUUUUGCUCGCUCAUGUACAUAAUGACAUUUAUUCGCGAAGCAACGUGUAUCUAUACAGAAAUGACUAAAGGGUCACGGCACAAAAUAGAACACAAAAUUGUGCAAGAGGAAACAAGCGAUGACUCACAGUAGCUGUAGUUGUGGUCCAAUGAGUCAAGUUCUAUUAGUACGUUUGCUCUCUAAAAUUAUUUCUGAACAUUCCAAAUUAAUUUUUCAAAUGACUGCUAUUGGGUUAAACUCUUCUUAAGUUUCCUUCACGUCUUCCAUUUUUCGUGAAAAAAUUGCUCAAGCAGGUAAUCAUACUCAGUUUACUCCCCGUAUCUCACUCACUGUUAUCAAAGAAACAAAGGGGAGGGCUCGAUCCGUAGACGGGUUGGCAAACAAUAGUCAGGUAUGCGAGCAAUUAUGGCCUUAUCACUUAUGAAUUCAUGUGUGCAUCUAUUUCUAUCUCUCAAAUUUUGUAAUUCACAUAGUAUACACAAUAAACGGCAUAGGCAAGUGGAAAGGUAUAGAAUGCACAAAGAUAAAAGAGGUUGCCGACCGAGACCUAUUCAGUGUUGAGUUUUGUUUAACCUUACCAGAUUACUCAUUUUGAGCAAGUGCCAACCAGUCUAACACUUUUUUUCUUACGGCUAGAAGUACGGGCGCCACUUCGAGUUUUUAGAGAGGGGGAAACAGUAGGAAAAAUAUAAAUAAAAAAAUGGUUAGGAACCAAAAAAAUUGAACACCUUUUAUAUUCUCUUAUAUUCUCUAGUCACUAGUCACACACUUCAGUGUUAUCAAUGCCAAUUACAGUACUCGCGAGUGGAGUGAGUGUGUGACACUUUCUAUUGUUGUCUAGAACCUUCUAAGCAGUCACGUGUUUUUGUUUAUCAAUGACGUUUUGUGAAUUAACGUCAGAACUUUCGAAAGGCUCUAAAUUUUCUACUGACUGACUCAGAGGGAUUGUUUUACUCAGCGUUCUUAUUUGUCAUCUUCUCGUCUUCCACCCAUAUUUUGAAAUAAGCAUGCUUCUCAUGAGAUUUCUCAACUUCUUCCUCUCUAUUACUAAGUAGAAAUCCUGGUGACAAGAAGCAAUUCUCAGCAAUUCCUUGUACACUUUUUCACUUCCACUUCCACUUCCUUUCUGUCAUUCAAGUCAUCCUCAUUUCACUUCCUCCUAACGGUUUUAAAUGCCCAUUUUUCAGAUUGGUGCAAAAAUGCAAGAAAAAAUAGAGUUAACCUCUUCCCCACUGGUUCCAAGUAUUGGCACCGAUUCACCUGUAUCAUUUCGCAGUGGCUCUCCAGGCAUUGAAGAUAGUACAAAGAAAUACAUUCGAAUGGUAAGUUCAAGCGCAAACAUCACGGUCUAGCAUAUUACUUUUUUUUCAGAAUUUUGAGCAAAUGCUGGAUGUUAAAAUUGACACGGACGUCUUCGAGAAGACAAGACAAUUCAAUCCAAGAAAGCAACGCUCGUGCCACAAAAGGGCCGAGCCAGUGUCAGAAAAGCGGAGAAAAGAGGAAAGUUCGAAGAACUCUAGGGAAUACACGAAACGGAAUCGGACUGAAAUCAAAGUCUGUUGUGCUCUGUCGAAACACAUCGAAGCAAUCAAAAGUAGGAUAGAAGUAUUGGUGAAUGAAGUGAACGCGGAGAGGCAGGAGAGAAUGGUGAAUAUUGAAGUCGUUAAGAUUCGAACUAUGUUCGUUUUCAGGUGAAAGAGGCUAUCAAUGACUAUGAAAGCAUCAUGAGAAAGUAUUUGGAAAUUGGCGAGAAUGUGAAGCAAGAGUUGGAUCUUCCGGACCCGGAGAUAUUCUUUUCUGGUAAGUUGGAACAUUCUUACCUAACAGUAUUACCUAAUGUUUCAGAAUAUCGUGCUUUUACUCAGAGAGCUCUAACGCUCGUUUUCACUACCGAAAUCGUGUCAUAUCAGCAGUCACUCGAUGAAUUGAAUGAUCAGUUGCAACAACUCGAGGCUGGAAAGUAUAAUGUCGUAAGUUCACUGAAGCAGAACGACGCCUUCUGCACUACAGUAAUCUUCCAGAACACGCCAAAGGAAAAAACGAAUUAUGCAUCUUCCAAAAGUCGUCUGAAGCAGAGGAUUUUGAGAGCUCAACUGAAAACUGACUGCUGGAAUAACUGGAGAGACAUCGAAACGAUGAAAUUGCAAGGAACACAGUUGAAACAUCUCAGCAAUCAUUUGAAAGAAGAGGUUUGACUGGACUGUCCGGAAGUAUAUAACAACAAUUUACAGAUUUGGAUAAAAAUUCUGAGCUGCUAUCACAGACUGUUCAAAAUGAUGACGAAGAAGUGUGAGAUCGAGUACGUCGAUGCUCGGAAAAUUGCCCAAAUCGUCGAUUUCUUUGCUCCGUUCUCGAACGCAUCCGGGAUAUUGUCCGUCAAAUUUAUUCCAAAGUCUGGAUGUGAAAAGACAGAGACGCAAACCCCUAUUGAAACCAAAAUGAGUGGCAUGGCUAUGAACAGUCCCGCUUCUGAAAGUGAUACGAAACAAACGGAAUCUCUGGAGUUGAAAGAUGAUUGGUCAAUUCCAAUUCUGAAGGACGUAAUGCCAACAACUGAGGAGAUUCAUGUUGUUCCGGAAGUUCAAGAAUCAAAGCCAGACACGCGUCAUUGUUUGACUUCAACCACUCAAAUGUUGAUACCUUUGACGUCCCCAUCGUUCACUUUGGCUCUUCCGACAGUGCCAGUUCCGUCGGCACCACUCAAGAGCUCAGAUUCUACAACUUCUUCAACACUCUCACUGCCUUUGUUUCAACUUGAAAAAGUGAAAGUCGAGCCUAUCGAAACGUCUGCGGAGUCUGCUGAUAACAGAAAACGCUGUCUGAGCCCCCAAGAGCACUUUGAUGCCGCUAAGAAAGAUUGUGUCCGCGUGGCGUUUACUCCGAAACACGAAACUGGAGCUUUCCAUUCAGCGGUAGCACAGCAGCCGUCAUUUGGCAUUUUUCCGCCAAAUGUUUUCACGCACGAUGUGCUGGUGAGUUUGGUGUUUCCGAAAAAUGAGAGAUUCAUUGAAAUUUUUUCUAGAAAUAUGCGACGCCGCCAGUUUCAACUGCGAACACAAACACAAUGUUCAUGCCAGGGAUGCCUAAUCCAUUCUUGGGAAUGAGUGGUGCUGAUUCGAGUCGUCUUGCGCACUUUGCCCAAUUCGUGCAAAACCAACAAACCAUAACAGCACUGCUGGCGAACGCCUACAGAAGUCCGAAAAAGUUGUAA